AUGUUCCGUCUUCUCUCUCGUCGUCUGAGUUUCGCCGCUGCUCGCACGAACAACAACGAUUUCAGUAUCGCUAGUGGUGGUCGUUUUUUACUCUCGUCGGAGCAAAGCGUUUUUACCACCGCCUGCGCCGCCGUUUCUUCUUCUUUCCUUUGGAGGAAGCGCUUUUCCACGGAUGACCGUCGGAGGAGGACGACGACGACGACGAACGUAACGACGACUUUAAGUCGAAGAAGGGAUCCAAAGAACAAGAACAACAACAACAGCCCGGCGAGUUCGUCGUUUUUCCAGCACGUGCAACUCAACCGAGAAAUCGUGGCGUGCGUGACCUGCUCGGAGAUUUUAAAGCACGUGGAAACGAACUCGGAGAAAUACAACGGAGUGAACGUUUCCACCGCCUGGCACAGGCUGGCGAAAAAGCUCGGGAGAGAGGAACGGUCAUCGGUGAGAGAGUUUAAGAGAGACGCGCGAGUGUUGUUACUGGAAGAGGCGACGGUGAGGUGCAUGCAAGGUUUGUUUCGUGGGAACGAGGAUGGCGACGUCACGAGUCGCGAAACCGCCGAGCGGCGGCACGAGCGGCGGCAAUAUAGUAGUCGAAUGAAAGCGGAAGACGCGUUCGACGCGCAAAACGUUGGGAAUAUUUUAUGGGCGUGCGCGACGAUAUUGUAUACCCCGAGAUUAGGGAUAUUGGAUAAGUUUGCGGAUAUUAUCGAGGGAAACGUGGAUAAGUUGUACCCUCAGGCGUUGUCGAAUUCGUUGUGGUCUUUCGCUCGGUUGAAAGAGUGGAAUCUUUUGAGAUGCAAAACAGUCGCGGAAUUGUUGAUGCAACAAGCUCUGAGGAUGUUGCCGGAAGUGCUGGAAGACGUGAAAAAAGCCGGGGGGAUGUUUGAAGCCAAAGACGUGCCUUUUGGUGGGUUUAGCACGCAAGCAAUUGGGAAUGCCAUGUGGUCGUGCGGCACUCUCAGAUGUCAUCCGGGCGAGAAGAUCAUGGAUGCGUAUUUGAAGUUGACGACGGAGUACCACGAAAAGUUUAAAACGCAAGAGAUUUCAAACAUCGCGUGGGCGUCGGCGAUGUUGCAGCAUCACCCGGGAGAUGCAUUUCUGAGCGUCGUGAGCGAGACGUUGGCGAAGAGGCUGGAGGAGUGCGCCAGUCAGGCAGUGUCGAACUCGUUGUUAGGAUUGGCGACGUUUGGGUAUAAAAUGGACGAAGAGAUGUUGAAAGCGUUAGGUGGGAAGAGGCACGCGAGACGAUGUAAUUCGCAGGAUUUGUGCAAUUCGAUAUGGGCGUUAGCUGCGGUAGACGCGUUCGAGGCGGAGGUAUACGGUGACUUGUGGGCGAGAGUGAGUUCGAUGCACCACGACGAGUUUGCGCCGGAAGGGUUGAACAUGCUCUACCACGCAUGCGUGAUGCAUCAGGAUCAUUGGAUGGAUCAGCACGCUGUGGGAAAUGAUGAUGUCGUCGACGAAGAGGUAUUGGAUGACGUGACCAAUACGAGUAAAAAGAGGAAGUCCACGAAUCAAUCGACGACAACGACAAAAAGUACGAAAGCGAAAGGCUUUUCUUCUUCUUUGCACGGCAUGGGUGUAAGAGAAGUUGCUCUGCAACGACACGAUACGCCGAUAUGGUUAGACACGAUCGCGAAAAAGAGUUACGAUGAUCAAACGAUACACAGCGUUACUUUAUCAGCCUUUCAUAAACACGUUUCGACUCGAAUUCGAGCCGGGUUUAUAAAAAACGUUGCCGACGAAUACCUCACCGAAGACGGCGUAAUGUCCAUCGACAUUGCUUUGCUCGACCAUAAAAUCGCCAUCGAGUGCGACGGCCCGUCGCAUUUUGAAAAGAAUAUGGAAAAGUCGAUGACGCACAAAACAAUUAUUCGAAACAGAGGAUUAGAGCGACGCGGGUGGCGAGUAGUAUCGAUUCCGUAUUUCGAAUGGCAAGAGGCGAACGCCAACGAAACGCACAGGAAGUAUUUAGAAGACAAACUAGCAUCGGUUGGUGUCCAACGUGAGCAGGUUUUGACUCUAUUUUGA